CUUGACUGCAGCAAUGGCCAAGAGAGCCAUCCAUGAUUCCAUUCAUCUUUCGUGUCACUGCGGACUGCUAGGAGAGACUUGGAUGCUGUCGAGAGGCAUGAGCACAGAUCCUUGUGGCCGUGAGAGCGAAGACCAAAGUUGUUUGAGCUUGAAUUGCCGGUCAUUUGAUCUACCUAGUAGCCCCAGGAAAGCUUAUUAUUCAGUGCUCCUUCUGUGAACAAUAUAAGGUUGCAACAUUGCAGCUGACGGUGGUGGAACUGUGAUUGUUGAGGGCAGUGACGGUCGGCAUUGCUUGCCAGGAGCAGAGAUCUACAACAGAUUGCACUGGUUUCGCACAGCAUUGGCCACCUGCCUCUAUCGGAGCAGCCCCCUGCUGCUGUGCAACCUUUUGUAGAGCCCCCCUGUGGCUCUCCCUCCCCCUGCCGCCAUGCCUGCCGCUGUGGUCAGCCUCCCGCCCCGCCCUGCGCCGCUGGGCAGCUCCCCCGUGCAGCCUGCAGAUCUGAUCCCCGCCCUCAAGGCUGCCGCACUGAAUGGGCUUGCAGCAAAUGGGCAUACAACCAAUGGGCACACGCACGAGGAUGACUCAGAUGAGGAGGCGGGAUGGGCCGUGCCGCAGGACCGCGUGGCGGGCUACGGCGUGGACCAGAAGGACGUGGGCACCCCGGACGACUGGGUGGCGCGCCACCCCGAGCUGGUGCGCCUCACGGGGCGGCACCCAUUCAACUGCGAGCCCCCGCUGCAGCGGCUGCGCGAGCACGGUUUCAUGACCCCCGUCUCGCUGCACUACGUGCGCAACCACGGGGCCGUGCCAAAGGGGGAGUGGGACAGCUGGCGCAUCGAGGUGUCGGGGCUGGUGGGGCGGCCGUGCAGCCUGAGCAUGGCGGACCUCCUGGCGCUGCCGCGGCGCACGCUGCCGGUGACCAUGGUGUGCGCGGGGAACCGGCGCAAGGAGGAGAACAUGGUCAAGCAGACCAUCGGCUUCAACUGGGGCGCCGCGGGGGUCAGCACAACGGUGUGGGGGGGGGUGCGCCUGUCCGACGUCCUCAAGCACGUCGGGGCGCACGGCAAGCACGAGGGGGGCAACUAUGUGUGCUUUGAGGGGGAGGAGACGCUGCCGGGCGGGGGGGGCAGCAAGUACGGGACGAGCUUGACUAUGGAGGUGGCGGCGGACCCUGCGUGUGACGUGUUGCUGGCGUUCGAGCAGAACGGGGAGCGGCUGGAGCCGGACCAUGGCUUCCCGGUGCGCACCAUCAUCCCCGGGUACAUCGGGGGGCGCACCGUCAAGUGGCUGCGCAAGAUCGAGGUGACUGCGGGGGAGAGCCAGAACUACUACCACUUCAACGACAACCGUGUGCUGCCCAGCCAGGUGGAUGCAGAGCGCGCCAACAGGGAAGGCUGGUGGUACAAGCCGGACUUCAUCAUCAACGAGCUCAAUGUGCAGUCGGCCAUCUGGUCCCCCGCCCACGGGGAGGUCCUCUCCAUCGCCAACGCCCCCGCCAAGUACACAAUCAGCGGCUACGCCUACUCAGGUGGGGGCCGCAAGAUCAUCCGCGUGGAAGUUUCGGUGAACGGCGGGGAGAGCUGGGAAAUGGCAGAGCUGGCGCACGGGGCGCCCCCCACCGAGUAUGGCAAGCACUGGGCGUGGUGCCUGUGGCAGCUGGAGGUGGACGUCAUGGCGCUGUUCACCACCAAGGAGAUGGCCGUGCGCGCCUGGGACUCCAGCAUGAACACGCAGCCGGACAAGAUCGCCUGGAACGUCAUGGGCAUGAUGAACAACUGCUGGUUCCGCGUACGCAUCCAUCCAUGCCGCACGCGCGAGGGGGGCAUCGGGCUCACAUUCGAGCACCCGACGCGGCCGGGCAACGAGAAGGGCGGCUGGAUGGUCAAGGAGAAGGAGGAGGCAGACGCGGCCGCAGCGGCAGCCGUCCCCGCUGCGCCGACAAUGAAGCGCAGCGUGUCGCAGCCGCGCAUGGCGGCCGUGCAGCGCAGCAUCCCGCUGAGCGAGGUGAAGAAGCACGACAGCGAGAAGGAUGCGUGGAUCGUGGUGCACAGCAAGGUGUACGACGCCACGCGCUUCCUGGACGACCACCCGGGGGGCGGCGAGAGCAUCCUUAUCAACGCGGGGACCGACUGCACGGAAGAGUUCGAGGCAAUUCACAGCGCCAAGGCCAAGGCGAUGCUGGAAGAUUACUACAUCGGUGAGCUGGCGGUGACGUCCACGCUGGGCGACAGCACCCCCGAGGGCAGCCUGCGCGGGGGCUCCCGCUUCCUCAGCGCGCCCACGCUGGACCCCCUCACCGAGGAGGCGGAGCCGGCGGUGCUGUACGCGCUGAACCCGAAGGAGCGCAUCCCGUUCAAGCUCAUCCGCAAGGACGUGCUGAGCAAGGACGUGCGCCGCUUCCGCUUUGCGCUGCAGACCCCGCAGCACCGGCUGGGCCUGCCCGUGGGCAAGCACAUGUUCCUCAGCGCGCACAUCGACGGCAAGCUCGUCAUGCGCGCCUACACGCCCACCUCCUCCGACGACGAAGUCGGCUACUUCGACCUCGUCAUCAAGGUGUACUUUGGCGGCGUGCACCCCAAGUUCCCGGCGGGCGGCCUGCUGACGCAGUACCUGGACGGGCUGGCCAUUGGGCAGACGGUGGACGUGAAGGGCCCCGUGGGCCACUUCGUGUACCACGGCAACGGCGCCUUCAGCGUCAACGGCAAGCGCAAGCACACCGCGCGCAUCAGCAUGCUCGCGGGGGGGUCCGGCAUCACGCCCAUGUUCCAGGUGCUGCAGGCGGUGCUGAAGAACAAGGACGACCCGACGCGGCUGGCGCUGCUGUACUGCAACCAGACGGAAGCCGACAUCCUGCUGCGGGAAGAGAUGGAGGCGCUAGCCGCCGCCAACCCGGACCGGUUCCAGAUCUGGUACACCGUGGACCGCUCCGAGCCGGGGUGGGCCUACAGCACGGGCCACAUCAACGAGGCCAUGAUGCGGGACCACCUGUUCCCCGCAGACGAGGAGUCGAUCGCGUGCAUGUGCGGGCCACCGGGGAUGAUCAAGUUCGCGUGCAUACCCAAUCUCGAAAAGAUGGGCUACGCAGCCGACCACUACUUCGCGUUCUAGCCACGCCCACACCGGGUGCCCCAGUGUUGCAUAGAAGCUAGGGUAGACGCAAACCUGUACAAAAUUGAGUAAGCAUCGAACCGUAGCCAAAGAAAUUAAAACAGAGCACACAAAAAUGUAAUGUUUAUGGUCCCAAUUGUCCGUUCACCAAAGCCAUCCAAGUUGGUAGUCUGUCGAUCUUCUUAUUGUAUGAGAUUCUAGCAGCAGAUACAGCUACUAUUAGCUGAUUCCCUGCAAAGGUGCAAAACAGCAGGAUCAUUGUAAUUGGAAAUUGAAGUUCAUGCCGGUCUGCAAACACGGCUUUUGGUUUUGGGACAAGCUCGCGCUUGUGUAUCCGCGUUAGCUUUGAAGACGUGCAUCCACGUUCUCUCCCCG